AUGUCCCAGUCCGACGUCGACAAGGCAAAGGCAUGGGUAUACAAGAUGUACCGUAUGGCAGACUCGAAGGUUGACAUGGUAUCGAUGUUCAUCAACGAUGAGGGUGUGUUCAGCGUUAUGGGAUCUCCACCUGCGAAAGAUCAAACACGGCUCCACAAAUGUCUUGGCAUCAAAUUAUGGGCGCUUAAUCACAAGAACUGGGUUUCAUCUGCCAAAGAGAUCUCUGUCUCUGAUCCCUACAUCUUUGUGAAGCUCUCGGCCACAUACCAAUUCAAAAGCGGUUCUCAGCAGGUCAUUAAAUGUUUGGCGACGUGGCAUAAAUCACUGGAGGAAAGCCACGCGUUGGGAGUAGAAAUCGACGGCGACUUCUCAAAGUCUUCUAUGAAUUACUAA